GGGACAUGUUAAGUCAACACAUGCGACCGCUUUUAGCAGCCUCGGCACAAAGCAGAGAACCGCACUGCUGCCAACCUGACCGACCAUCAGGCGACGAACCCCCUUUGUUUACAGAUGGCCGACAGCGUCCGGUUGAGGGCCGGAGAUGUUAGAGAAGACUACAAGAAAAGCUUCAGAACAUGGUCUAUGCUGUACCAUGCUGCCAUCGAGCAACCAGACCUACGGCUGAAGCACGUAACAUACGCCAGGCACAGCCAACCAGAUUGCGAGCAUGGACUCUCGGCUUUUCACCAAAACGUGCAGAUCAGUGUCGUGGCCAGGAACCCCAUAUCGUUAUACGCCUACAUUCUCUCUGCGCUGUGGGCUGAGAUUGUGCCUGAGGCUGUAUCGAUGGUUUAUACGAACAGCACAGCCGAUAACCGGUCCCCAAACUCGGUCGCAUCUCUCCUGGCUGGUCACCGCAGUCAGGAAGUAGACAUCAGCGAUGCCGGUCCAGACGAGACUCGAUGGUGGACGGCGGUACUUGCCCCGGACCAGGGCUGGCGGGCGACAAUGUUGCUGAAGCAAGACACCUUCUUUGCCCCUUGGUCUGCGCUCGCCGCAAUAUCACCGACCAGAGUCAGGACGCCCUGGCCGCUGUGCCUGCUCUUCCCAUCAAUGUGUGCCGGCCAAGGGCUGCAGCUGCCAGCUUUCACAACCAGCUGCCUUGACCUCCCGACCGAAGUUGUCUCUUCGUUUCUGCAGCAGUUACCGCAGGGCUGGACUGUCCAGGACGGCUACCUAGACAGUCUUAUUACUAUCGGCUGCCACGCCAGAGGGAUUCGCCCUAUGUUGCUAGGCAGCUUCUACGAUACUAGCGUCGAGUGCAACACCGUUACCCCUUGGCUUCAAGGGGCACUAGCAGCGAUUGAUGUGGCGCCGCUUUGGGUCGGCGACGUUAGCUUCAGAAUGAUCCCCAUCGACCUCCACGAUGCCGCAUGGAGCAGGACGUUGCAGUCGUUCAUCCAGCAACCCGUUUCGGAGCCGCUCGUGGCAGACGGCCGGGUCUCCCGGGCGGACCACUGCCGGCUACUGUUCCUCUCGCGGUCCGGAUCGCAUAUCCGGGUGCCCGUCUGCCAAUGGAGACCUUUUGGCGGUACACCGCUUGAACAUACCGAUCUUGAAGUACGGGUCCAUGCCCAGUGCAAGGGCCAUGGGCUUCGUUCGAGCCAUCUACCGAUCAACUACAAAAAGUUAUAUAUCGACAGAGAUUUUGUGUCGGAAAAUGCGACGCGGAGCAUCUUCGGCUGGCUGCGUGUGGACGGAUUUGCAGUGGACGAAAUGGAGAUCGCGAUCCACGGAUGGUUAGCGAUGCCCGAGUCUGACGAAGAGGAAGCCAGCGCAGUGAAGAUGCCUUUGAGAUUAUGCCCGGCUCAUCCUCAUAUCUAG